AUGAAUUCAUCACAAAUAGCGGAUCAAACGGAGCAAAGUACUACAAAGACCACAGAAGCUCAAUCGUCAGCGGCCUCAUAUACUGCAUUCGAGUGUCUCGGUGCUCCUUCUGGGCUCACAUUAACUCGUCAAGAGAUUAAUCGUCUAAUUCUCGAAUAUCUCGUAGUGGAGGGUUACAAGGACGCUGCGGAAAAGUUUAGCAAGGAAAUUGGUAUUUCCCAGCCCCUGUCGGAGAUCCACUCAACUGGUGCGAGUCUUGCCGAAAGAAUGGAAAUCCGCGAAGCUGUCCUCAGUCGGCAUAUUGAAGAGACCAUUGACAAACUGCGGCAGCUUCAAAUGCUGGAAUUGAUCCGUGGUCAUCGCUUGGAAGAGGCCUUGACCUUUGCGCAGUCCCACCUAGCCGGCCCACUAAGCCACCGUCUCUCCGAGUACCCGCAACUUUUGCACGAGAUGGAAAACACUAUGGCCCUUUUGGCAUUUGAGGAGCCGGGGGACAGCAUCUACGGCUCGUUGUUGGGCGCGCGCCACGCAGAGUUAAUUGCGGGCGCAUUGAAUCGUGCCAUCCUCUGGCACAUCGAGAACAGCGCCGGCGAGACUGACACCACCCUCCUCGGGGCCACCGGUGGUGCGGCCCAUGGCAGCUGCGGUGGCGGUGGAGGGAGUGGCGGUCUGACAGGUCUGCCCAAGGCUGCUGGUUCCGCCUCUUCGGCCACCGUACCUCGUCUUACCAAAUUGAUGGCCUUGCUGCUCCACUUCCGUGAUAUCAGCGAGUUGGAUCUACCCUCCGAACUCGCCUCACUGUAA